AAAAAAAAAGAAAGAAAGCUGGACCGUCAAAACAUAAACAGAGCAGACAACCUUGUGUGAACGCAGCUAGCUCGAAUUGUUCUCUGACUUUAACAAAAAAAAAAUAUAUUUUUUAAAAGCUUCAUGCACGCCUUCCUAAUGCAGUCUAUUUGCCGUCAACGAUAUCCUAGUCGAGGCACUUAUCUCGUUUGCUAAGUAGAGGUGGAGAAAACAAUCUUCAAUAAAGAUUAGAACUAAGAAGUACGCCUCGUCGGGCCUUCGAGUAGAGUUUCUAUCUCGGGACGGAAUGGCAGAGACUGACAGCAAAUGUAAUGUGCCCAAUGGUGGUUCUGAAGAAAAGGAUCCAGAAGAUCAACUCAAGGAAGAGGAUGCCUCUGGAAGCAAAGAGGGACAAUCACAGUCUGUUCCUGAAGACGAAACAGGGGAAGCAUCUGGAGACAAACCUACACCAGAUGUGGAAGGAGAGACUGGUAAUAACCGAGAAGGAGAUGAGGAUGAAGAUACAGACAGCAUGGAUGGCAGCGGCCUGUUUUCCUUAACUGAGGAUGGCGAAAGGGAGAGUGAGGGGGGACGAAGAGAAAGGGCCAAAGUGAAAGAGAGUGAGAAAAGGGCAGCUAGAAAGAGAAACAGACCUGGUGGCGGCACUAACCACUCCUCCAGCUCAGAUGAUGAUGAAGACGACGACGAAGAGGAGCAGAAGGAUGACGACGAUGAUGAUGAUGACGACGACGAUGAGGAUGAUGAGGCUAUGGAGUCCUGGCUUGGAGCAGAGCUCCAUGACUUGCGUGGCCCUAUAUGGCAGGCGGUUCCCUCGCUGCGCUCCAGAGAAAUCGGCAGGAACUCCCGUCAGUUUGUCAGGCACGUGUGUGGAGCUCGUGGGCUCGUGCAGAGGCUGGAGCUCCAGGGCCGCUUGGAACGGCACACAGGCUGCGUCAACACGUUGCACUUCAACCCAUCUGGCACACGCUUGGCAUCAGGCAGCGAUGACCUGCGAGUGGUGAUUUGGGAUUGGGCCAUCCGCCGCGCUGAGCUGGAGUUUGACAGCGGACACAAGAGCAACGUCUUUCAGGCAAAGUUUCUGCCACACAGUGGGGACUCCACCUUGGCCAUGUGUGCCCGCGAUGGUCAGAUCAGAGUGGCUGAGCUCUCUGCCAUGCAGCGAUGCAAGAACACAAAGCGGGUAGGACAGCACAAAGGAGCAGCACACAAGCUGGCUCUGGAGCCAGACUCUCCCUGUUUGUUUCUGUCUGCUGGAGAAGACGCCGUGGUACUGGGAAUUGACCUGCGUUUAGCUCGUCCCUCCAAUAAACUGGUGGUUGUGAAGGAGGGUGAUAAAAAGGUGGGGCUAUAUACCAUCUAUGUCAACCCAGCUAAAACUCACCAGUUUGCUGUAGGUGGGAGAGAUCAGUAUGUAAGAAUCUACGACCAGAGGAAGAUUAAUGAAAAUGAGAACAAUGGAGUACUGAAAAAGUUUUGUCCCUCCCAUCUGGUGUCCAGCGAGUCAAAAACUAACAUAACCUGCCUUGUGUACAGUCACGACGGCACAGAGCUCCUGUCCAGUUACAACGAUGAAGACAUCUACCUGUUCGAUGCAAACCACAGCGAUGGGGCCGACUACAGCAGGAGAUAUAAGGGACAUCGAAAUAAUGCCACUGUGAAGGGUGUGAACUUCUACGGGCCACGCAGCGAGUUUGUAGUGAGCGGCAGUGACUGUGGUCACAUCUAUCUGUGGGACAAGGACUCUGCUCGCAUCGUCCAGUUCAUGGAGGGAGACAAAGGAGGAGUGGUGAAUUGUCUAGAGCCACAUCCCCACCUGCCAGGAAUGGCCACCAGUGGGUUGGACCAUGAUAUCAAACUGUGGGCCCCCACAGCUGAGAGCCCCACGGUACUCAAAGGCCUAAAAGAGGUGAUGAAGAAAAACAAGAGGCAGCGAGAUGAGGACAGCAUGCGCCACGGUGACCAGUAUGACACCCAGCUGCUGUGGUUCCUGAUGAGACACAUGAGAAACCGAAGACCUGCGAGGGCUCGUCGUGAAGGAGCAGACACGGACACGGAGGAGUCCUGGAGCUCUCCUGAUUCCUCCGAUGAGGAGGAAGGAGGUCCAGACCAUGUCCAGUGCAUGUCAUCUUGAGCCACACACGAACGCACACACACACAUACCCACCGAUUUAUACACACUUUAUUGCCCUUCGGUCGAUGCCCACAAGCAAGCAUUAUUGACACACUCGAACUUGGACGAGCUGCUGACUCUUACACACAAACCCGGAUUUUCAUUGACUUUAAACAACUGUUGAAGGGUGGAGAUGCUUGAUGUCUGUUGAAACUGCAACACACUUCCAGAUGUUUUUGCAGCAGCUGUGCACAGAGGUUUAAGUGAGUGCUUAACCAUUUGAACGCCCGUUGGUGCAAACUUUGUUGACGUGCUCUGCAUAGACUCAGACAGAAGUAUUGUGUGUACGGUAACGAGUACCUCCAACUUUAGGCCAUCUGUAGUGAACUUUUAACCACCAGCAGACCAUCCCUUCUACCACAGCUCUUGCACUUGAGGGGCUCAGCUGAGAGUGGCUGCAGGCUUAUGCCCUCAGAACUAAAUUAACUGUGUGGAAACGUCUAGUGCUCACCUCUGGCUUUCCCCAUUUUUUUUUUUUUGAGCUGCUUGAGACACUAGUUCAUUACCAAGUUCACUUUGAAUCAGGGAUGCUUUACUGUGUUUCAUGACAGGGGGAGAGCUUGUUAUCAGGAAAUCCACCGUAAAACCUUGUUUUGUUUUACAAUGGGGGAUAUUUUGCACUGGAGUGUUAUUUUUUUAUUUGACUAAGGAGAGGUGGUUUUGUUUGCUUCCACCAGUCUUCGCUCUGUCCUCCCUCCACUCAGAAAAUGAACCAGGAAAACUUCUGUUUGCUUCGUUAACAUGACAUUUGAGAGAAGUAUUCAGCCUGUUUGUAUGCAGCUCUGUUGGGAGCUCACAGUUGUGACACUGGCCAUGAGCCAAGCAAGAACAGAGUUUUCUGCGGUUAUUAUUUGAUUCAAUUGUGUUUUCUUGCCACGAGUCUGGAAAUGUGGACAAAAUCCUGCAGGCGGUGGCUUCAUAUUAAAGUUGUAUAAGUCAGCGCAGAAAACUCUUGGCGCCAAAACAAAGUAAAAAGGAGCAACGUUUUUCAGAGAAGUGCUCAGGCUCAUCCUCAGCACCUAGAGCAGAGCGUGCUGCGUUAAGGCUGGCUGAACGACGGGGAAGAGAGUGGAGGGGUCAAAGUGCUCGCCAGUCAUUAGUUGUGUGAGUGCGAUGAAGUUCAGCUCCUCUCAUUUUCUAUGAGAACUGUAGUUGGUUGAAUUCAUAUGUACAUAUAUAAAUAUAUAUUAGAAUUGUUAAGACUUUAGCAAAUAAUGUUUGAAAAAAGUCAAAACCCUUCAUUGGCAUCGAAGCAGAGACUUAUAUUCUAUACUGUAAAAGGACAAAAUACUUUUAAAAUUCAGAGAUCUGAUGUGUCCAUUUUCUGUUCGGGUUUCCUUCCCUUAACAUCCCUCUUCAAUGAACAAAACAGCUGUUUCAGGUUUUGGUUCUACUUCCUGUUCUAGUUGUUGAUCCAUAACUUGGAACAGUUUGAUCCAGAUGUUUUCCACUGGCUACUUUUAGCACCUUGCAUAUUAAAUGAGGCUUUUGAUUACCAGUUUGUUUCCCCAUCACUACCCAAUGUUGCAUUUUACCGAUUCAGUUGGAAAUGUGUACAGUUUGUGCAAUAAAUAAAGACAAUGCUCUCCA